AAAAUAUUUUGAGGUUAAACUUGUUCUUAAUGGUCGAAAAGCGUAGUUUGGAAAAAUGAACUUUAAUUAGAAACCUCAAAAUUAACUGCAAAAUUUAAAUUAUAAAAUUUAAUGUUUAGCUUAUCAUUAUAAGUAGAGGGCAAAAUAGUAUAUAGAGGGCUUUAUGUCGCUGCUAGUGCUACGGCACGGCAGUGGCUGUUGCAAAUGAAAAACAAAUUGGAAACCCAAUACACACGGACAGACAAAAGGAAGGCUGAAACUGCUUGAGAGGAGAGGAAGCAAAGCAGUAUAGACAGACAGCCAAAGGCGAAAAGACAGAGAGGCCAUGCCCCACCUCGCCGCCGCCGCCGCCGCCCCAAACUCCGCCGCUCGCGUCGCCUUCCUGCGCCCGGGUCCGGGUCCCGUCCCCUGCCCGCCGCUGAACGCGCGUGCCCUUCGCCGGGACAUGCGCACCGCGGAGCAGCCCACGUUCUACGACCUGCUCGGGAUCUCGUCGGAAGGCACCCUCGACGAGGUCCGCGCGGCCUACAGACGGAUGGCCCGCAAGUAUCACCCGGACGUCUCGCCGCCCGACGCAGCCGCCGAGAACACGAGCCGCUUCAUCGAGGUGCAGGAGGCCUACGAGACGCUCUCCGACCCCAGCCGCCGUGCCACCUACGACCGCGCCCUCGCACGCGGCGUCUGCCGCCUCGCCUUCUCCGCACCCCGCCGCGUCGCCCCCUACUACCACUACCAGGUUCCCUAUAUCAAUUCAGUGUUUGUAGGACGCGAGUAGAGAUAUUUGCCCUUUGUUGCCUGUGGCAUACAUACAAAAACAGACGGACUCUCUCUUGUGUUACAUACGUUCGGAUACAAAAUUCUCCUUGAUGCAAAAUAUUUGUAUCUAGGUGAUGAAUUGUUCGCCCAUAGUGAAUGAACAACAAUACUUACAAAUUGGAAAGUCAUGUUUGUCUGUCAUAUUGUACUACUACUUAUUAAGCUUAUCCAAGACAUAAGUCUGAAAGGUUGUGCCUUCCGUGUAAUGCUAAAUUGGGAUCUGGCUGUUUUUGUUAUCUGAUUUCUACUUUAAUUCGGUUCAUGAUGUUGAAACCUGUAAGUUGAUAGUCUCCAUUUCUAUUGUCAAACCAUUGUUUCCUUUGCCUGCAUUUUUUUUCCAUGCUAACUUGCCACAUGUGCGACACAAAACAAAACCAUGGGAUCAGG